CUGUCGCAGAAUUCGCUCAGUGUGGAGUAUUUAGAGUUCAAUUUUCUAUUUUUUAGUUAAUUUGUUUACCAAGCGAACGAACCCAUGACCACGAAUAUGUACAAUAAAGCGCUCACGGUGUGCGUGGCGUUAGCCAUGGCAAUGAUUACAGAAGCCACAUUUUCACAUCACGCUACAAUCCAUCAUCACUACAUAGCGCCACCAUCACCUACAUUUACAUCAUUACCACCGCCAUCUCCGCCACCAACCGCACCACUUCCUGUAGUACCAGCUGCCUCUGCUCCAAUUCCCGCGAUUCCGGCACCAGCUCCAGUACCUGUGGUUCCUGCAGCGGCACCAGCGCCACUUCCUGUUGUUCCUGCUGCUUCUGCUCCAAUUCCUUUUGUUCCUGCGGCCACUCCUCCGUUUCCUUUUGUUCCUACUGCCACUGCACCAUUUCCUUUUGUUCCUGCAGCGACCCCACUCCCCACAAUACCCGCAGCUGGCCCUCUUCCAUUCGUUCCAGUCGCCAGGCCACUAAUUCCCCCUCCAGCACCACUACCUGUUUUCCCCGCACCUGCUCCAUUUCCUGUGAUUCCUGCUGCGGCGCCAAUUCCUGCACUUCCGGUGACGCCUAAAGUUUUACGAUUCGCUCCUCCGAGCGUGCCACCUUAUGCUUAUUCGGUGAACAUUGUGACGAGAGCUUUGUCUCCUCCGCCACCUUAUGUGCUGCCUCCAUUUGGAGUUGCUUCUCCUGCACCGUUUCCUUUGCCAACGUACGCGUACAAUUAUAAUAAUUACUGGAGAAGAUAAACUAUCGUAAGGAACUCGUCGUACUUUCAUACUUUCGCAUGUUAUAGACUGAUAUUUAGUAAAAUGUAAACACGCGAAAUGCGUAUUAAGUUUUAAACCUAGACCAGAAUUAGCCCGUCAAAACCGGGUGUUAAAAGGGAAUUUAAUUAGUCGCAUUGUUUAUUACCAAGUUUACACGUUUUAUGAUACCACGACCAUGUUAGAUGUUUACGUCGUAUAGCGUAAAUACGCAAACCCCAAACCGCGUUUGUAACCACAAUCGCGAAUAAUCUUUGUUGCUAUAGCGAUACAACCAAUAAUAUCAACCUUCCAUAUACCUCAUCCUCGUUAAGGAACUAAAUACCAGGUAUGGAAAUACGCCAUCUUUGGAUAUAGAAAAAAAAUUUUAAGGACUCAAUUUAUUAAUAAUACCGCCAAUUUACAUUAUUUUUUUACUUCAUAUUCAUUUUAAUACACAAAAUAAACAUUUUCCCACCAUUUUUUUGAUUUCAUUUCUUUAUAUGACUGAAAUGAAAAAAUCACAUCACCGUCAAAACUACGAAAUCUAUAUCCAAAGAUGGCGUAUUUCCAUACCUGGUAUUUAGUUCCUUAAUCCUCGUAUGUGAACCAUACACUCUCGCGGAUACUUAGAGAUUUCAAAUUUUCCUCGAGUCGGUGUUCUAUUUUUUAUUUAUUUUUAAUAAUCGAAAUUAUUAAAGGAAUUCAAUUCGAAAGAAUUUUGAAACAUCGUCCAUUGUGUACCUACACCCUCACUACACCCACAUUUGACUGAUCCUUUUCACGACGUUGGUAGGUACUUUUUUCUCAUUUACCAAAAAGUAGAAAUGUUUAGGUUGGAAAAUUUCGCGUCGAAAUAUUUCGGUAAUAUUUUCUACAUCAAAUAUCUUACGUAGGGUGUUAUUAGCAAAAUUCCAUCGCGUAAUAAUUCAAGCAACUGCGAUACAAAUUUUGGUCAAGGAUGAAGGUCUAAAUAAGGAGACUCAGUUUGAAAAUCGAACGCAACUCGCAGAUAAUCGAAUUGAUUAUAUCAAAGUACAGUUUUGCAUUCAUCCGUGAAUUUAUUUCCAGCAUGAACUUGAUAAUACAAUUUGUACUAGUCAUAAGUAAAAUAAUUCACGCUUCAGUACUUUUCUAUCUGUUAAAAUCACAACUGCGAGUCUGUGAAAGCAUUCCACUCUUAUUCACCUUCGUUUCUUCUCUAGAUUAUGAAAAAAAAUUCCUCCAUGAUGAUGUAACUUUUAAAAGAAACAAAAUUUCAUUUUGAAAUAUAUGCUUUUAAAGGUUACCUACUCAUACAUCUAUACAUUAUUGACAGCAAUUACAUAGGUAAUUUAUGUCGCUCGUCUGUGUAAAUUAUGGUCAAAAAAAGAUUACACUUAAUUACUUUCAAUAAAUAUUGUAAUUAGGUUAAGUAUAUUAUCGUAAUUUCAGGGUUAAUGUUUUCAUUUUUUUAAUACAUACAUGUUCAAAAGCGUAGGAUUUUUCUUUUAAAAAUAAGAUUUUUUUGAAAAACUUGUAUACCUAAUUUUAUACAAAUAAAACUGUCUUAAUGAGAUGA